AUGAUUGUUCGUGAGCCGCCUGAUAGUGAUUCGGACGGCGGCUUCAAUGAUUUCGUUCGGCGUCGCGUUGCGGCUCGAGAAACGCAAGAAAUGAUCACCAUAUUCCAAUGCGAGGACUAUGAUGGUCCGCCGAUUGCCGCCGGCGUGACGAUUCGCAAAAUUGUCGAGAAGCGCGUUGAAGUCAGCCGCGAGCAGCUCAUCGCGUUGGAGCGCAACGAGGCGGAUCGUCGGCAUCAUCGAGUUGAGCAGGCGCGCGACGAGUUUCGCGUCGAGACGAUGCGCAACAUCGUUCGUCAAAGUAUGCGUCGGAAUCGCGAUAGUCAAUUCUCGUUCGCCGCGAUGCCGACGUUUCACAUUCAGCCGAUUGAUGAGGUGCCGAGGAGCUCGUCGUUCAAUUGCGGUGCGACGGGCGACGAGCCCAGAAAAAGGAAUAUUUGGAAUCGGCUUACGAUGCGGAAUCGCAAGCGCAAUAAACAGCUGGGUGUGAGUUGGUCCGAGGGUGCGCUUAUUGAAGCGGUCAAUGAUAUCAAGGAGAUGUUCCAACAUCCGACCGGAAUGCCACUUGAUCCGGAUGUCAUGAUGGAGGGAUAUUUGUACAAGCGAUCAUCGAAUGCCUUUAAAACUUGGAAUCGCCGAUGGUUCCAAAUAAGAGACAACAAAUUGCUUUAUUCCCAUCGAUCUAACGAUUCGGAGCCGCCGACGGUGAUGGAGGAGAACCUGAUGCUCUGUUUGGUUCGUCCAGCUCCAUCGAAUAUUGAUCGAGUUGGAUGUUUUGAGCUCGUCACGCCGACAAGAAGUCACCUCCUUCAAGCGGAUUCGGAAUCAUUGUGCAAUGAUUGGAUGAGAGCACUUCAGCGGACAAUUCUGGCGUUGCAUGAAAGCGACAAUGCGGUGGUGAGCUGCGCGACGCCCAACACCAAAGUAGGAUCGUCGUCGGCGGUGAACAGCUCGGUGUCAUCGACGCCAAACGGCGCCGACGCCAACAAGAGUCGAUCGGUGUCGGAUCCGACGACGGGAACCGCGUCGACGUCGAAUGCGGCCAAUCCGACGUCCGCAUCGCCGCCGUCAUCGAAGACGUCGACGUUUGAGCAAAUUCGACGCGUUCCCGGCAACGAAGUGUGCGCCGAUUGUGGAUCAUCCACACCGAAAUGGGUUAGCAUUAAUCUCGGCGUUGUGCUUUGCAUCGAAUGCUCUGGCGUUCAUCGAAGCCUUGGCGUUCAAAUAUCGAAGGUUCGAUCAUUGACGAUGGAUUCAAUCGAUAAUGAGCUUCGCGAUGUGCUGCUGGCGUUGGGAAAUCGGCAAGUGAAUGCGAUCUACUUGAAAUAUCUUCCUGAAAAGGAUGUCAUCCCGCCGGCGGCAAAUGAGAAUUCGACGAGGCCGGUUCGCGAGGCGUGGAUUAAAGCGAAAUACGUGGAGCGACGGUUCGCGGUGGCAUCUGAUGAGCGAGCACGAACAACGGCGUCGUCGCGAAUCGAGAAUCUCAAACAUAAGACGAGCAACGGCGGUGUGAAUCGGUCGGCGUCGUACGCCGACAUGCAAGAAGCGGAGAAGUGCGAGCCGCCGAAUUGCGACGCGGAUCCGUGGAGUGCCGAGCUCACGAUUCCGCAAUCGACGCCGUCGAAACGAUUGUCGACGUGCGGUUCGGAUACCGCGCUCGACACGGUGCUCGCGGGAAACGCGGAAAGCAAUGUCGAGUGGGAGCAGGUGGCCGAAGCGUGCGCUUCCGGCGAUCUGCUGGCUCUUCUGACAGCGCAUGCGCAAGGCUUCGAGUUGAACUCGAUUCAUCAUGGAACAUCGGCGCUACACAUCGCGACAAGAAAUGGUCAAACGGCUGCUGUAGAAUUUUUGCUGUUGAACGGCGCCAAAAUCAAUAUGCUUGAUGAAAAGCUGAACACGCCUCUUCAUUUGGCGGCGAAUGAAGGAAACACACUGCAAGUUUGCCAGCUGCUGAAACGAGGCGCUGAUAACAAUCUGUCGAAUGUUGAUGGAAAAACGCCAUUGGAUAUUGCGAUGGAUGGAACGCACGCGGACAUUGUGACACUAUUUCGAGUCACUAUUAUGAGAAACGAGUUCAAUGAGUACAACAAUCCGAUGGAUGAGACGGUUGACGUUGUGAUAUCGGAUAUUGCUCGCCGCGCGGCCAGCGAGAAACAGCAAAAAGAGAAAAACGCUGAAAGUGUCAUUUGA